AUGAAACAGCCAACCUUCUUGGGUGGUAUUAAACCGUUGAAGGUAGAGAUAUGGUUACUCGAAAUGGAGAAAUUAUUUGAAGUAUUUCCCUGUAUCAAGACUCAGAAGGUGUUAUUGGUUACCUAUACUCUCAAAGAUGAAGCUCGAAGGUGGGGGUUGCUAAUCCGAAAUAGCAACGGGAACAUGACAUAUGCUCAAUUCAACGAGAUCUUCUACGACAAGUACUUUCCUCAAUGCUUUAGAGAUUGGAAAGUGUCAGAAUUUCAAGAACUUAAGCAAUGCAGGAUGUCCGUAGUCAAAUAUAAGGCUAAAUUCACUGAGUUAGCCCGGUUUGCUCCGCACAUGGUGGAUAUUGAUUACAAAAAAGCACAAAAAUUUGAAGGCGGUUUAGAUCUGGAAGUGUUUUAUCGAGUUGGUGUCUUGAAGUUACCUACCUAUGUGGAAAUACUAGACAGAGCCUUGAUGGCAGAAGCUACCUUAAUAGCUAUGAAACAAAGUAUGGCCCCAAUAACAACUUAA